GCGAUCCUUCUGGCUUUGUUACGCCUGGGAAGCCAUUUUGGAAAUCUGCUUGUUGUGCACUAGCAUAACACUCACAAGCUACUUGCAAACUUUGGUGUUUUUUUGUAUUAGAAAAUCAACGCUUGGGAUCUGUGGGUCCACAGUAAUACAUAACCUUUGGGUUCCCGUGCGUCGGGAUGCUGGCAGAAGUUUGCGCAUCUUCCGUGAUAGUAAUGUGUGGACCCUUUUUUCCUUUUGGAUUACGCUCUUAAAGAAUAAUAACAUACAUGGACUCUAACCGCCCGGUCUGAACAAAGAAGAAUGACCAUGGAUUUUUCCCAACUGCACACAUAUACGCCUCCACAGUGUGCUCCAGAGAACACCGGCUAUACCUACUCUCUCAGCUCCAGCUACUCCACCGCAGCGUUAGAGUUUGAGAAGGAGCACCAGAUUGCUGCUGUGUACGAGUCGCCCAGGAUGUCGCGGCGGAGCCUGCGUCUGCAGACCAGUGCUGGUCACUAUGGCAACGAGAGCCUGGCUGAUUACUCCCAGAACCACAGCGGCAGCUACACCAGCACCAUCAGAGAGUCGCGGACGCUGCGGAGCAGAAAGCAGCAGUCUGGUUCCAGCGCCCUGUCUUUAUCCCUGAGCCAAGCCGCCACACCGAGAAAAACCCUCUCCUUCUCUGCUGUUAAUACCCCGAUUAACAACAGCAGCAGCGUCAUUCAGGGAAGCAACACAACGUCUGAUGCCUCUCUGCUCACCUCCGUCAUGGAUCAGCCCCACCUGAGACAGCGCACCGUCACCACAACCACAACCACCACCUCUACUUCUGUGGAUGGACACUGGGGGAGGAGCUCCAGAGCCAAACACAGUUCGAGUGUCAACGGUGACGCCAGUGUAUCAAAGUCCCACACCUUGCUCACCAACGGUUACAUAUGCAAAGACUGCUCUUUUCACUCUCAGAAGAUGGACUCCCUUAUCACACGGUCUUCAUCAUCACCAUCAUCUCAGGCUGCAGAAGCUUCCUCGGUCGCCCUCUCCUCCUCCUCUUCGUCACCUUUCACAAGCAUAUACUCCAGAGACAGGAGUCAAAGGAACAAGAUAGGUGUCCUGGUGUCUAUGUCUAACACGUGUAUACGCUACAGCAAACGAGCCCUGGCCCCCAUAGUGUCCUUAGUCACCCUGCUCUUCAAUAAUGUGCUCUGGCUGGGCUCAAGGGCCAAGAGCCCUCGAGGAAAAGGUGUCCUUGUGUCGUUUUCGGACUCGAUGAGACAAGCAGUGUCCUCCAGUUUGUCCCAACUGUGGCUGUUUAAGCAGACCACUCUCCACAGGGUGAUGGGCUACAGGGCUAACGGCUAUGAAGGACAAGCUCACUCAAGUUUCUGUGGGAGCAUGAAUGUGAAGGGCCUGGUGAAUGAAGAUGCAUCAUAUCUUAAUCUCAAUGGUUCCCUGUGUGAUGACUGUAAAGGGAAGCAGCAUUCUGAGACACACACUGUCCUCCUCACACAGUCCUCCAGGCCUCGACGCCUGGGGGGGGCACUGUGGAGCGUCCUAGCUUACACAGGUUACUGCCUCCUCCAGCCAGGUUACUGUGUGGUGAGAGCAGGCAAAGCGUUGGGAUCAGGGGUUGGGACAGUGGUGCAGAGGCUGCUCUCACUGUUCUGGAUGCUUCUGGCAGCUCCAGUGAAGGCAGGCAGGGGACUUCUGUGGUUUCUUGCAACAGGAUGGUACCAGCUGGUGUCUCUCAUGUCUCUUCUCAAUGUCUUCUUUCUGACAAGAUGCCUUCCCAAACUCUGGAGGCUCCUGCUGCUCCUUUUGCCCCUUUUGCUCCUCCUCGCUUUAUGGUUGUGGGGUCCGUCCACUGCUGCCCUGCUCGCCUACCUCCCAGCCAUAAACCUAACCGAGUGGCGUCCUGCGUCUCCCUUCGCCCUCCUGUCUAACUUGGUGCCAGCUUCUGCUCCAGUUCCUGCCUCUGUCCCUCCACCAGAGACUCCACUGGAGCAAACCCCAGCCACCCCGGUCUCACAGGCACCACCUAUGCUUCCCCCUGUGGCGGUUUCCAGUGUGGACUUAGAGCGACUGGAACGCGUGGAGCGCCAACUAGCCCUGCUGUGGGAGCGAGUCCAGCAGGGUGACCAGAAGCAGGAGCAGCAUCACGGUGACGUUUUGGGUCUCUACAGCACCCUGAAGGAGCAGCUCCACACUCAGACAGACAGGGAGAGCCUGGGACUGUGGGUGUCCUCCCUGCUGGAGCAGAGACUGGGUGUGUUACAGGGAGAGCUGAAGCAGGAGAACACACACAGAGCACAGAGUGCAGAGCAACAGAAGCAGCACCAAGAGAAUCAGGCAACAAGGCUGGCUGAUUUAGAAUUACUGCUCAACGCUCUGGCUGCCAAAACUGAAGAGGUGCAACAGAAGCAGCAGCAUUAUGAGCACGAGAAGCAGGAAAAAGAGAAAGAGGUUGUCACUCCAGCAGCAGACACAGUUCCUGUCAGUGUGGGUGUGAAGCAGGAGGACCAUGAUGCUUUGCUAGUGGAGGUGCAGAGACUUGAGGCGGAGCUGGGCAAAAUCAGACAGGACCUGCAAGGUGUUGUGGGAUGCAAGGGCAAGUGUGAUCAGCUGGACACGCUGCAGGAGACGAUAUCAGCCCAGGUGUCCUCCCAGGUGCGUAAGGAGUUGCAGGCUCUGUUCUUCGGCAGUGGUGGGUCAGGAGAGGAGCAGGGAGAGGUGCCAGAGUCUCUGAUCUACUGGCUGUCCCAGCGCUACGUGAGCACACCCGACCUGCAGGCCUCUCUGGCCUCACUGGAGCUGAGCAUCCUGAGAAACGUGUCCCUGCAGAUGGAUCUUAACCGGGCCCAAACCCUGGGUGAGGCCGAGUCCCAAGCCAAGACCAUCGUUCAGAUGGUAACCGGGACUGUCCAGCAGUCUGCUACUGCUGAGGGACUGACAGAAGAGCAAGUGAAGCUGAUUGUCCAAAACGCUUUAAGGCUCUACUCCCAGGAUCGAACAGGCCAGGUGGACUACGCCCUGGAGUCUGGAGGUGGCAGCAUCCUCAGUACUCGCUGCUCUGAGACAUACGAGACCAAGACGGCCCUCAUGAGUCUGUUCGGCCUGCCACUCUGGUACUUCUCCCAGUCACCACGUGUUGUCAUCCAGCCUGAUGUGUACCCAGGUAACUGCUGGGCGUUCAAAGGCUCUCAGGGCUACCUGGUGAUCCGGUUGUCCCUGAGGAUCCUGCCCACAUCCUUCUGCGUGGAGCACAUCCCCAAGGCCCUGUCGCCGACUGGAAACAUCACCAGCGCCCCACAGAACUUCACUGUUUUUGGUCUAGAUGAUGAGUACCAGGAAGAAGGGAAGCUGCUGGGGCACUACAUAUACCAGGAAGAUGGAGAGUCACUGCAAACUUUUCCUGUUAUGGAGCAGAAUGACAAGACCUUCCAGAUCAUCGAGGUGCGGGUGCUGUCUAACUGGGGUCAUCCAGAAUACACCUGCAUGUACCGCUUCAGAGUCCAUGGAGACCCUCGGCCUCAGUGAACCAACCACUACCACACAUGCUCAUAUAUGACAUAUCACCUGUACAUAGCUAUCGCCAACUUGUUAAAAAACGGAGGGGACUCGGCAGUACUUUGUGGAUGUUUUUGUAUGAAAGACACGAAGAACAGAGAAGUUGUGGAUUGUUAAAGGAAUGUGCCCAGGACUGAAUCAACGUGUUUUGUAAUAUUGAAAGAGUCAGAGGAAAGUCUGUAUGGGGACUGUCAAUGAUCGCAGAAGAGGAAUAGAACCACGGAAGAAGCUAAAACUCCCAGUCCCCUUUUCGUAAAAAGGUCUCUUGCACUGAAUCAGCCCGUGAGGGCGGCAGGCUCCACUGAGCGGACAAAUCCACCCCCCUCUUGGCACCUUCCACUUCUACAGGGAGGUGGACACUUGAAAUGGGGGAUUACAGACUCAUCUCCACCAUUUCCUCACACACUACAUCUCAGUCUGAUUUGGUUUCUGUUCUUAAUCAUCUGUGUUUAACUUUGAUUUCCUGUUAGUCUACUAUUUUCAGGAUCAAAGCCACUGCACCUUUUGCCUGCGACGCUGUCCAGGCAUGUCACUCCCUUUGUUGCUGUCAAGUCACUGCAUUGACUUUAACUGAGCUGUCUGGGCAGCCUGCAGGACUGGACCACACUCACACGAAAGGUUCACUAAAUUGAAGAUUUGUUUUCUGUUGGAACUGAACAUGCUGCCUAUGGACAGGCGCUGAAUGUUUUCUCAAGUGGAGCCUUUGAUGCAAGUCAUCCUUUAACUUCACAGCAACACUGUAUAACCACUGACCUGAGCUCUAUGUGUUCACAGUAUUAGGAGGCUCCUCACUAUGUACAUUAGACAAAAUAUGUGUAUGGUUAUGGAUGGACUCCAGGAUUCAUUCUAGCAUGUGACUCUUCCCGAACCCAUACUCUCAUAAACUUUUACAUGCAUUAUGGAUUUACCUGACUGUGUCCUCUCUGAAGGUUUGAGUCCUGUGCCUGGAUCUCAAAUUACCAAUCAAUGUUGAACGCUAAAUAAUAUAACUACUCCUGUAGACAAGAGUGAUUUUAUUUUUUAUUUUUUUUCCCUUUCGAUUUCUAUCAAGAGGGGGACUCUCGGUCUCCCUCUUGCUCAGUUAUAAACGUCCUCCUCACAUGGGCUCCCUCUGUUCUGAAACCCUGAAGGAAUGUAAUCUGUAUAUUUCAUUGUUGAUAGUUGAUCCUUUAUAAUAUCUGCUUUUAUCAGUGUUGCUUUACAAAAAAAUCAUCCCAUUAUUAUUGUAUUACUACCAUUAUUUCUACAUUGUGUUUUGCUUUUUAUUUUUUUUGUUUAGUUUUGGGCAGGGGCUGUUGAUAAUGUCAGAGGAUGCACUGCAACAACUUGUUAGAGAAAUGUUUGUGGCACAGGUCUUCACAAUUUGUUUUUAAAAAAUGGGGGUGUGUGUAGUCAUCGAUUUUGGUUGCAAAUAUGGGUAAGUCUAAAAUACUAUGUAUAAAAAAUGUUUUGUUCACAAUCUUAUUUAUUAACAAGUCAAUUAGUGACUGCAAGAUAUGAGUUACUGCAAUGUAUAUUUUGUCAAAAGCUGUUCAGUACAUUUUGGAACCAUCUUGAGACUUUUUUUUAAGAUAAAUGGCUAUUUUUGUUCAGUCAGGAGAUGACUUAACUGCUUUGGAAUAUAUUCCAAUAAAGACUUUAAUUUUGAAGAACUUCUCUGAA